AUGAAGACUUCUCAAAUCCUCCUGCCAUUGUUGGCUACCUUUGCCACUGCUUCUCCUCUCGAGGGUCGCCAAAGCACCAAUGUCGGAAUCACUGCCAAUGAAUUCACCAAGGGUGGCUGCAAGCCCAUUAUCUUCUUUUUCGCCAGAGGAUCCACUGAAAUCGGAAACAUGGGAAGCACCGUUGGACCACCAACUGGAGAGGGAAUCAAAAAGGCCUUCGGCGGUGGCAACGUUGCUGUGGAGGGAAUCGACUAUUCCGCCGCGCUCUCCACCAACUUCCUUCCAGGUGGAGCUGAUCUCGCUGGCAUCAAGAAGAUGAAGGAUUUGUUCAUCAGCGCUGCCUCCAAGUGCCCAGAUUCCAUCCUCGUCGGUGGUGGUUACAGUCAGGGAGCCGCCCUUACCCAUCGCGCCAUUGAGGAUCUCCCACAAAACGUCAAGGACAAGAUCGCCGCUGCCGUCACUUACGGUGACACCCAGAACCUCCAAGACCGUGGCCAGAUCCCCAACUUCCCCAAGGACAAGGUCCUGGUCAUCUGCAACGUCGGCGACCUGGUCUGUUCCGGUACUCUUACCAUCCUAGCUCCUCACUUGGACUAUGUUCGCAAAGUCCCAGAGGCUGUUGCCUUCUUCACCAAGAAGAUCAAGGCUGCCCAAUAG